UUUUAUUCGUUGCUUUUUAAAAAUGCAUCGAACGUUUAUGUUAGGUGUAAUAUUAUUUUUUACAGGAAGUUUGGCUUUGCCCCCCAAAAUAGAUCAGUUUUUAUACUACGAAAAUACAAACGAGCCAAUACCAGAUCAACCAACAUCAUACGAUAUUAAUGAUAUCCCUAAUUAUGGCAUGGGACAGGACGUAUAUGCCGAAGAUGGUGCUAUAAGAAACAAACUAUACCCAACGGCUAGAUUCCUCAAACCACAACUGGAAGCCUGUGUUUUAUGCACAGGAGACAUAAAGUUUAUAUUAAACCGAAAUAUAUACGAAAUUGACAUCGUUACUAUUUACCGCUUAUUAUUGGCACAAUCUCGUAAAACUAACGGGCUGGACUUAAAAAGUAUAGUGCAAUUAGUAAAAGAUGGCAAACCAAUCGCAUUGUCUCUCACAACAAUCCUGGAAGAUUUCGUAAUUAUAAUCAAGAAAACACAUCCAAAUAUACCAGCACAAGAAAUGUCAUUUUUGACAGACGGAUCGCUUCAGGGCCUCAAUGAAAAUGAGGUCAUUAAAAUCGUAUUUAUUAUACUUACUUGGGACGAAAUUUUAGAAGACGGUCACGACAUCAGCAUCGAAAUUGAUGGAAAAAUGUGGAGAUUAUCUAAAAUAAAUUUGAGCAGACUUAUUCGGCUGUACUUAUUAGUAACCCAUAGAAAUUUGGCAUUGGACUUGGAGAUAACUGUGUCUAUACGGGUAAGCGGUAAAGUAAUAGACAUACCUUUAAGAAGGCUUCAUAAAAUAUUCUAUACAAAAUUAAUAGAGAAAUACCGUAACACCAACAUGGAUUUGACUAUAUUUAAUAUAUUUAUAAACGAGGAACUUCAAGGUUUAAAUGUGAUAGAAAUUAAUACUAGGACUCAGGCUAUCUUUAUUGAGGCGUUUACGGAAGAUGGACGAUUUGAAAUUGAGAUUGACGGUGAAUACGAAGAGGCCAGGGGUUUAAAUCAUUUAUAUAGAUUUAUAUAUGAACAUAUCCAUGAUAUCCCAGGUGGUAUUGGUUUUGAUAAACCAGUGUCAGUUAGGAUAAACGUCAAAAAACAAUUUCCUUUAGUUGAAGUACUGGAGCACUUGUUAUUGAUAGUAGAAGGAUUUUACGCGACUUAUCCACAGUUUGAUGUUAAGCUAUUUAGAUUCUUUACACCAGAAAACUUAUUAACACUGACAUCCGAUGAAAUUAUUAAUGGAUUAAAAUACCACGUUGACGAAAUAGAAAUGAUAUUGGAAAUAAAAAUGGAUAAUAUCGAAAAAGUAGCAGAAGAAAUUACCAUUGAGGUUCCAUUAAACUCAGCCGAGACUUCAACCCGGGUUGUUAAAAUAAUGUCUAAAAAUUUAAUAACUACAGAAAACGAAACCAAUAAAGAAGAUACUAUAGAUAAUUCUGAAGAAGAUACUAAAGGUGAUUCUAAAGAAAAUACCAAAGAUGAUUCUGAAGAAGAUACUAAAGAUGAUUCUGAAGAAGAUACUAAAGAUGAUUCUGAAGAAGAUUCUAAGGAUGAUUCAGAAGAAGGAACUAAAGAUGAAUUGGUUAUAGAAAAAGAUGGAUAUCGAAAAAUGCUUAAAAAACUUGAAAUAACUGAACCAGAAUUGAAUCAAUUAUUUUCCGAAAUAUUCACACAAUACCCAAAUACAAAAGAUGAUAUAGCUAAAGAAGAGGCAACUACUUCAGAAGAAUUAUUAUAUAACAGCAAAAACACAAAUGAUACGGAGUCCAAAAUCGAAAUUAAGGAUGAUGAAAAUAAUAAAAUCGAUGAUGAGACUCGCGCUUUAGAAGAUAAAGAUGAAGCUGAAAGAGUAGGAAUCACUUCUGGCGAGUUAUUAUAUUACAGCAAAAACACAAAUAAAGACGAGUCCGAAAUGACAAAUGAGGAUGAUUCAAAUAACAAAAUCAAUGAUGAGACUCGUUCUUUAGAAGAUGAUUUGGCUGAAGAAGCGGCAAGCCAGUUAUUAUAUUACAGCAAAAACACGAAUAAUGACGAGUCCCAAAUGAAAAAUAAGGAUGAUUCAAAUAACAAAAUCCAUGAUGAGACUCGCGCUUUAGAAGAUGAUUUGUCUGAAGAAAGGGAAACCACUUCAAGCGAGUUAUUUUAUUACAGCAAAAACACGACCAAUGACGAGUCCCAAAUGGAAAGUAAGGAUGAUCUAAAUAAAGAAAUCGCUGCUCUAGAAUAUGUUAUAGCUGAAGAAGCUCCAAAUAAAGACGGGUCAGAAAUGACAAAUAAGGAUGAUUCAAAUAACAAAAUCAAUGAUGAGACUCUUGCUUUAGAAGAUGAUUUGUCUGAAGAAGCAGCAACUUCAAGCGAGUUAUUGUAUUACAGCCCAAACACUAAUAAUGACGAGUCGCAAAUGGAAGAAUAUAUUAUAGCUGAAGAAGCGGCAACCACUCCAGGCGAGUUAUUAUAUUACAGCAAAAACACAAAUAUUGACGAGUCCCAAAUGGCAAAUAGGGAUGAUUCAAAUAAUAAAAUCCUUGAUGAGACUCGUGCUUUAGAAGAUGAUAUGGCUGAAGAAAGGGAAACCACUUCAGGCGAGUUAUUAUAUUACAGCCCAAACACUAAUAAAGACGAGUCCGAAAUGAAAAGUAACGAUGAUCCAAAUGAAAUCGAUGAUGAAACAACUUCAGAACCAUUCAUACAAACUGCUAAGAUGGUUAUUGUAGAAGAAGAAGUUGAAUCAUUACCAAACUCUGCUCCAUAUAGUGACGUUAACGAUGUCGAUAUCUUGGAGAUUGAUAUAGUAAAAGAAGACGAAGAUUUACGAAAAGAUAACCCAGAAUCUCCUAAGAAAACGUUGUUGGUACCAAGCAAAUAUGAUGAAGAUUACGAGACAUACGAACAGGCAUUACAACCAAAGAUGGAGGAUGUAUUAUAUAGUGACGUUAACAAUAUCGAUGUCUUUAAGAUUAAUAUAGUUAAAGAAGAUACAAAUGUACAAGUAAAUUACCCAGAACCUUCUCCAGAGGAAGAGAUAGUUUUACAAGCUUUUUAUCCAUAUAUAAAACCAAUUAGUAGUCUACCAAACGCAUAUGAAGAAGACAAGAUUUAUGAAUAUUCAUUAAAUGACCAAAUGGAAAGUAAGGCUGAACUUGAUAUAAUUGAUGACACUGCCUUAGAAUAUGAUAUAGCAGAAGAUGAGGGACUUUUACAAGCAAAUUACCCAGAAGUGCCUGAAAUGUUUAAGGACAUUACUGAAUCUAGAGGAUCCUACAUGGGUGUAAAGGAGUUUGAAAAACAAUACCUCGAAGCUUUGUAUCCAUAUGUAAAACCAAUCAGUAGCUUACCAAACCCAUAUGAUGAAGAUGACAUAUAUGAACAUUUAUUAAAUGUUAAAAUGGAAAGUGAGGGUGUUCCACUUAAUGACAUUAUUGAUGACACUCGUGCCUUAGAAUAUGAUAUAGAAGAAGACGAAGGAAUUUUACAAGCAAAUUACCCAGAAGCGCAUUCAAUGGUUAAGGACAUUACUGAAUCUCUAGGAUCCUACAUGGAUGAAAAGAAGUUUGAAAAACAAUACCUCGAAGCUUUAUAUCCAUAUGUAAAACCAAUUAGUAGCUUUCCAAACGCAUAUGAUGAAGAUGAGAUAUAUGAACAUUCAUUGAAUGACCAAAUGGAAAGUGAGGCUAAACUUAAUGACAUAAUCGAUUAUACUCGUGCCUUAGAAGAUGAUAUAGCAGCAGACGAGGGACUUUUACAAGAAAAUUACCAACAAGCGCAUUCAAUGGUUAAGGACAUUACUAAAUCUCUAGGAUCCCACAUGGAUGAAAAUGAGUUGGAGAAACUAUACCCCGAAUCUUUGCAUCCCAAUGUAAAAAUAUUUAGUAACUUACCAAACGCAUAUGAACAUUCAUUGAAUGACCAACUGGAAAGUGAGGCUAAACUUAAUGACAUAAUCGAUUAUACUCGUGCCUUAGAAGAUGAUAUAGCAGCAGACGAGGGACUUUUACAAGAAAAUUACCAAGAAACGCAUUCAAUGGUUAAGGACAUUACUAAAUCUAUAGGAUCCUAUAUGGAUGAAAAUGAGUUGGAGAAAGUAUACCACGAAUCUUUACAUCCCUAUGUAAAAAUAAUUAGUAACUUACCAAACGCAUAUGAACAUUCAUUGAAUGACCAACUGGAAAGUAAGGCUAAACUUAAUGACAUAAUCGAUUAUACUCGUGCCUUAGAAGAUGAUAUAGCAGCAGACGAGGGACUUUUACAAGAAAAUUACCAAGAAGCGCAUUCAAUGGUUAAGGACAUUACUAAAUCUAUAGGAUCCUAUAUGGAUGAAAAUGAGUUGGAGAAAGUAUACCACGAAUCUUUACAUCCCUAUGUAAAAAUAAUUAGUGGCUUACCAAACGCAUAUGAUGAAGAUGAGAUAUAUGAAAAUUCAUUAAAUGGCCAAAUGGAAAGUGAGGCUAAACUUAAUGACAUAAUCGAUUAUACUCGUGCCUUAGAAGAUGAUGUAGCAGAAGAAGAGGGACUUUUACAAGAAAAUUACCAAGAAGCGCAUUCAAUGGUUAAGGACAUUACUAAAUCUCUAGGAUCCUAUAUGGAUGAAAAUGAGUUGGAGAAAGUAUACCACGAAUCUUUACAUCCCUAUGUAAAAAUAAUUAGUGGCUUACCAAACGCAUAUGAUGAAGAUGAGAUAUAUGAACAUUCAUUAAAAGACCAAAUAGAAAGUGAGGCUAAACUUAAUGACAUAAUCGAUUAUACUCGUGCCUUAGGAGAUGAUAUAGCCUCAGACGAGGGUCUUUUACAAGAAAAUUACCAAGAAGCGCAUUCAAUAGUUAAAGACAUUACUAAAUCUCUAGGAUCAUAUAUGGAUGAAAAUGAGUUGGAGAAAGUAUACCACGAAUCUUUACAUCCCUAUGUAAAAAUAAUUAGUGGCUUACCAAACGCAUAUGAUGAAGAUGAGAUAUAUGAACAUUCAUUAAAUGACCAAAUGGAAAGUGAGGCUAAACUUAAUGACAUAAUCGAUUAUACUCGUGCCUUAGAAGAUGAAAUAGCAGCAGACGAGGGACUUUUACAGGAAAAUUACCAAGAAGCGCAUUCAAUGGUUAAGGACUUUACUGAAUCUCUAGGAUCCUACAUGGAUGAAAAUGAGUUGGAGAAAGUAUACCACGAAUCUUUACAUCCCUAUGUAAAAAUAAUUAGUAGCUUACCAAACGCAUAUGAUGAAGAUGAGAUAUAUGAACAUUCAUUGAAUGACCAAAUGGAAAGUGAGGCUAAAUUUAAUGACAUAAUUGAUCAUACUCGUGCCUUAGAAGAUGAUAUAGCAGCAGACGAGGGACUUUUACGGGAAAAUUACCAAGAAGCGCAUUCAAUGGUUAAGAACUUUACUGAAUCUCUAGGAUCCUACAUGGAUGAAAAUGAGUUGGAGAAAGUAUACCACGAAUCUUUACAUCCCUAUGUAAAAAUAAUUAGUAGCUUACCAAACGCAUAUGAUGAAGAUGAGAUAUAUGAAAAUUCAUUAAAUGGCCAAAUGGAAAGUGAGGCUAAAUUUAAUGACAUAAUCGAUUAUACUCGUGCCUUAGAAGAUAAUAUAGCAGCAGACGAGGGACUUUUACAAGAAAAUUACCAAGAAGCGCAUUCAAUGGUUAAGGACAUUACUGAAUCUCUAGGAUCCUACAUGGAUGAAAAUGAGUUGGAGAAACUAUACCCCGAAUCUUUGCAUCCCUAUGUAAAAAUAAUUAGUAGCUUACCAAACGCAUAUGAUGAAGAUGAGAUAUAUGAACAUUCAUUGAAUGAUCAAAUGGAAAGUGAGGCUAAAUUUAAUGACAUAAUUGAUCAUACUCGUGCCUUAGAAGAUGAUAUAGCAGCAGACGAGGGACUUUUACGGGAAAAUUACCAAGAAGCGCAUUCAAUGGUUAAGGACUUUACUGAAUCUCUAGGAUCCUACAUGGAUGAAAAUGAGUUGGAGAAAGUAUACCACGAAUCUUUACAUCCCUAUGUAAAAAUAAUUAGUAGCUUACCAAACGCAUAUGAUGAAGAUGAGAUAUAUGAACACUCAUUGAAUGACCAAAUGGAAAGUGAGGCUAAAUUUAAUGACAUAAUCGAUUAUACUCGUGCCUUAGAAGAUAAUAUAGCAGCAGACGAGGGACUUUUACAAGAAAAUUACCAAGAAGCGCAUUCAAUGGUUAAGGACAUUACUGAAUCUCUAGGAUCCUACAUGGAUGAAAAUGAGUUGGAGAAACUAUACCCCGAAUCUUUGCAUCCCUAUGUAAAAAUAAUUAGUAGCUUACCAAACGCAUAUGAUGAAGAUGAGAUAUAUGAACAUUCAUUGAAUGAUCAAAUGGAAAGUGAGGCUAAAUUUAAUGACAUAAUCGAUUAUACUCGUGCCUUAGAAGAUAAGAUAGCAGCAGACGAGGGACUUUUACAAGAAAAUUACCAAGAAGCGCAUUCAAUGGUUAAGGACUUUACUGAAUCUCUAGGAUCCUACAUGGAUAAAAAUGAGUUGGAGAAAGUAUACCACGAAUCUUUGCAUCCCUAUGUAAAAAUAAUUAGUAGCUUACCAAACGCAUAUGAUGAAGAUGAGAUAUAUGAACACUCAUUGAAUGACCAAAUGGAAAGUGAGGUUAAACUUAUUGACAUAAUCGAUUAUACUCGUGCCUUAGAAGAUGAUAUAGCAGCAGACGAAGGACUUUUACAAGAAAAUUACCAAGAAGCGCAUUCAAUGGUUAAGGAAAUUACUAAAUCUUUAGGAUCCUACAUGGACGAAAAUGAACUGGAAAAAGUAUACCCCGAAUCUUUGCAUCCCUAUGUAAAAAUAAUUAGUAGCUUACCAAAUGCAUAUGAUGAAGAUGAGAUAUAUGAACAUUCAUUGGAAAGUGAGGCUAAAUUUAAUGACAUAAUCGAUUAUACUCGUGCCUUAGAAGAUGAUAUAGCAGCAGACGAGGGACUUUUACAAGAAAAUUACCAAGAAGCGCAUUCAAUGGUUAAGGACAUCACUGAAUCUCUAGGAUACUAUAUGGAUGAAAAUGAGUUGGAGAAAGUAUACCACGAAUCUUUACAUCCCUAUGUAAAAAUAAUUAGUAGCUUACCAAACGCAUAUGAUGAAGAUGAGAUAUAUGAACAUUCAUUGGAAAGUGAGGCUAAAUUUAAUGACAUAAUCGAUUAUACUCGUGCCUUAGAAGAUGAUAUAGCAGCAGACGAGGGACUUUUACAGAAAAAUUACCAAGAAGCGCCUGCGAUGGUUAAGGACAUUACUGAAUCUCUAGGAUCUUACAUGGAUGAAUACGAGUUGGAGAAACUAUACCUCGAAGCUUUGUAUCCAUAUGCAAAACCAAUCAGUAGCUUACCAAGCGCAUAUGAUGAAGACAAGAUAUAUGAACAUUCAUUAAAUGACCAAAUGAAGAAAGAGAAUGUUCCAUGUCAUGAUAUAGCCAAAAAAGAAUAUCUUUACUCAGACGUGGCUGAGGAAGAGUUAGUUCAAAUAACCCCAACAAUUUUCAAAGUAAAUGAAGACGUUAUGCUAAUAAACCCCCAAAAGAAGACUGACAAUACUUAUGGUAGUGGUGUCUUAGAUAAUGGCAUAACAAAUAUAGGUUGUUCAGAUCGCAUUAUUUAUUAUCAAGUAACUCUUCCUAAUGGUAGUUGUAAACAGAUGGCACUGGAUGAGCUUAUUAAUAGGAUUAACAUUGAUAAAAACGCACGAAACACACCGGUUAUUAUAGUAAAUGAAAAUGAAAGUUGUACAAGACAAAUAAAGAAUUUUGCCAAAACACUUCAAAAAGUUAGGCUUGCACAAGAAUUAGAGACAAUUUUUGAAGAAGAGGAAGAUGAAACUGUUAGGAAUGCUUUUGAAAUAGUGCGUUUGCGGUUACUGGGGAAAAAUAAUAUUAGGGUGUAUAAUAACGAAAAUACUAAACAACAGCCUUGGUUCUGUAGAAUACAUUGUCACUGAAAAUGUAAUAAUAAUUACCUCAUCAAUCACUUCAAAAUGGAAGCCAUAGAUAAGGCAAGAGAAAGGGUGGAAGCUCUGGAAAAAGAGAAGAUAAGGAUGAUGGAAGCCACAAGUGUCCCUGGCUUAUCUUUGGCAGCAAAUAAAAACUCGAUAUUGCAGUCGAAAAUCCUCGUCAACCCGCGUGGAAUAAACCGCGGCUUGCAAAGAUGCAGAUCCGUGGAAUGUCUUGAUGAACGCGAUGGGGAACCACCGUUUCACAGGGUGGUUUGCAUGCAGCCUUGCAUCCCCAUAGAAAACUACGAUAAGUCGUGCACCACCACUGCCUAUGGCUGGGUGAAAAUCAACAGACUCCUCAGGGAGCUCAAUAAUGAGAGUAGCGACUUGGUUAAUGCAGCUUUGAACACAGCAAUACAACUGAUGCACAACCCGGAAUACGCGUCACAUGCCGUAACAGAUGGUAUUCUACUGGAUCUAGUUGCACUAUUGUAUUGCAACAUCGCGGAUAUAUCAAGGAAAGUAGUGAAGUUACUAAUCGUGCUAGCACAGUACAGAAAAGUUAAGUUGCGCAUCACCAAAAGCAAGUUGUACAUGAAAAAAAUUGAGUUAAUCAUGAAUAGUGAAGAUGACAAAAUAAGAAUGGGAGUGGCUAUGCUAUUGGAGAGAAUAUCGGAGUACUGGCCAUCGGCUGACCGUCUCGUAGACCAAGAGUUUAUAACCCUCAUAACUGGAAGACUUAUAAGUGAAGAUGAAGAUAAGGUGGUGGUCCUGUUAAGAACCUUGAGGAAUCUCUCUUACUGCACAGGCAGAUGCAUAGCUUUCUAUAACAACGCUUUUAACGUUUUGGUCGAAUUACUGUACAGAAAAGAUACAGACGUACUUUCAAACUCUUUGGAAUGCCUUAUGGUUCUCACCGUCACUAAAGUUGGCAAAAAUAUGGCCUACAAAUCAAAUUUACUUCGAAAAUUAGCCGAGCUCACUUUCGAUGAGAGACCACAAGUCCAUACAGCAGCAAUGGGCGUCUUAAUGAACUGCACGGUCAAAGUUAAGAGUAAAAUAGUGAUAUCAGAGAUUGAAGGCAUGACGAAAAGGCUUAUAGACCUAGCCAAUGUGCAAAAUAAUAAAGCCACUCAAUUGUAUGCUAUUAAGACUCUAACGAACAUAUCGGAAUACCCGAAGACACGAAAAUUAAUCCAAAAAUUUUACUCUGAAGAAAUAGCGAAAAUUUACUGCAAUGAUGAUGAGGAUUUGAUGAAACAUAAAGAAAUACUAACGUCGGUUGUAUGUUGGACUCCUGAUUCGAAUUCUUAAAUAAAAUUAUUUAUAUCCCUGUUUUGGUAUGUUUAGUAGUUUUAAGUACGACUACCCGGCACUGACGAGGGCCAAAAGAUCGAACAAAGCAUUAAUAAAUUGCGAUGGAAAAUAUCGUUUAUCAGUAAAACCAAACCAAAUAAUAUAGUUGACACUCUAAAUUUGGUAAUUUUCAGUUGUUUAUGACAUACAAUAAAACAAUAGAUAGGCAAACAUUAAUUUAAUCAAAGGAAGCGGGACAUAACAAUUGCAAUAAAAAACCUGGUUGCGACCAAAAUGUGUCAUGAAUCACGUUUAUUACCGAGCUAAACAUAUAAAACGAAAUUUGUAUACUUUGUCUGAAACACGGUAUCGAUUUUAAGUUUUUUUAUAUAUAUAUAUAUACCUAUAUAUAUAUACUCACAGCGAAAAUGGCGAGCUAAUCCCUUAAUUAAGCUUAGAGAGAAACUUUAACAAUUAAAUAAACCAGGAUUAACACUUAAAAUUGGAGUAAUUUCAAUGUAUG